AUGACUGUUGCUGUUCAAUCCAGAAACGUGGAUAUUCAACCCACAGAAAAGAAAGAGGCCAAAACGGACGGCUACUCCCGGGUCACGGAGAAGGAUAGAAGCUUGGCGGAGCACCCAGAGUUUCUGCCCGUGUGGGAUCCCAGAGAUAAGUUCCCAAAGCUUCAGCCAUUCAAGCACAGAGACCGCGGACUGUUUGCUGACCCUCAGUACAAGAACUUACUGGCCGAGGCAACUGGACCCAUCAAACAAUUCAACGUCACUCCCAAGCUAGGAACAGAAGUCAGAUCCGGUAUCCAAUUAUCGCAGUUGUCUCCAGCCGCCAAGGAUGACCUUGCCUUGCUGGUGGCUCAGCGUGGUGUGGUGAUUUUCAGGGACCAAGAUUUUCAAGACAAAGGACCCGAAUUUGCCAAACAAUGGGGUUCCUAUUACGGCCCAUUGCAUGUCCAUCCAGUUUCUGGGGCACCACCUGGACAUCCAGAGGUGCACGUCGUCUGGAGGGGGUCCGAACCUACAGACUUUGAAAUUCCCUUCAAAAGAAAGGUUAGCAACAUCGCAUGGCACACGGAUGUCAGCUACGAGCUCCAGCCACCGGGAUUGACUGUCUUGGCCAUGCUGCAAGGUCCCGAAAACGGUGGUGGUGACACCCUGUUUGCCGACACGGUUGAAGCCUACGACAGAUUAUCACCUCUGAUGCAAAGCCUGAUAGAAAAUCUCAAGGUUGCACACACAUCUACUGAUCAGGCCAAAUUUGCUGUUGGAAAGGGUGGUAUUGAGAGGAGAACCCCAGUGGACUCGAUCCAUCCUCUGGUGAGAUGGCAUCCGGUUUUGAAGAAGAAGAUCCUCUAUUUCCAAAAAGCCUUUGGGAGAAACAUUCUAGGAUUGAAGGAAGAGGAGAGCGAGAAUCUGCUUUCGUUUUUGUUUGACCAUAUCAAGAAUGCCUUGGAUCUGCAAAUUAGGGCUCGUUGGGAGCCUGGUACCGUUGUCGUGUGGGACAACAGAAGGGUUGUGCACUCUGCGACCUUGGACUGGGACUCUCCUGAAGUGAGACACGCCUUCAGAAUCACUCCUCAGGCCGAAAGACCAGUUCAUUCGCAAGAGGAGUACGAUAACUGGACCGUUGAGAAGGAACUCGAGGAGCUCAAGAGCUUGGAGGCCACUCUCGCUGCCGAUCCUGGUGAUUUGUACGCGGCGCUUCAAAAGGGGCUUGAUGGGCUGAAGAUCUAA